AUGCAUUUUUGCAACUACGAAAAAAAAGUUACGAGAUGCGCUAAGAGAUGGCCAUCUCAUGGUAAAGAGGGCCAUAUAGAUCAGCCCACUGACCAGAUGAAGCUCUAUUUUGAAGCCGAGGAAUUCCUCAGUCCGUCUACCAAUGGGUCCCUUCAAUCACGGAUCUUCAACACCCCCAAGAAGCUUACCUCUUCCCCUAAGCAUUUGUAUGCUGUGGUGUAUUCCACCUUGAAGUACAAAGAGUACAUCAACAUGGUGAUCAAGAAAUCCAAGAUAAAGGCAUCUUCCUUCAGCAGUUCGAUAAAGAAAUACAAGAUCUCAGAUAACCUAUUACUUCUAUUGGUGCACGACUUGUUAUUUUCUUCGAGAGGAAGAAUCCAGCUGGGGAAACACCCCAUCAAGGAUUCGUUCUUGCUUCACCAAACCAGAUUGAAAGCAGAAUUCAUAAAGUUGAAGUUGAAAUAUAAGGCCAAGUCAGUGGAGGACUUCCCUACAAAGGAUGUAGAUGGAGACGAAACCCCCAUUAGAUGGUUUAGAGUGAACACCAUCAAGGUAGAUGAGACCAAGUUCUUCAAUGAACACACCACAUUCAAGAAUUUGCAGCCAGUCUCUUCUUUGGAGCAAUUGAAUCAAACUGGGCUAAUCUAUAAAGACGACUAUAUCCCCUUUUUAUAUGGGGUGCACCCCAGAGAGAAGAUCACCUCUACACAAGCAUAUUUGAAAGGAGAAAUUAUCAUUCAAGAUAGGGCUUCCUGUUUCCCUGCUCACAUCUUAAAUGAUGACCCGCUCGAUAUCCACACCGAAGUCAUUGAUGGAUGUGCAGCACCUGGAAACAAAACCACUCAUUCCGCAUCGUAUUUGAAGACCAAGGACUCAGUUGUGUAUGCAUUUGAAAGAGACGACAAGAGAGUGAAGAUCUUGAAGAUGAUGUGCGAAAGAGCCACAGGAAAGGCUAAGAAGGAUUUGAUUCAAAUCACCCACACAGACUUCACGACUACGGAGCCCACCGAUUUCCCCAACGUUACUGGGCUUGUCAUGGACCCCUCUUGUAGUGGAUCAGGAAUUUUUGGCCGUGCUAUACAAGAUGCAAACGGCAGCGGUGAAGAGCAGGAACAGGAAAAGGAAGAUAUAGACACUGAAAGGUUGAACAAAUUGGCCGGAUUUCAAUUCAAAAUCAUGAAGCAUGCAUUACUGUACCCACUGGCCAGGAAAGUGGUGUACCUGACAUGCUCAAUUCACCCUCAUGAGAAUGAGAGAGUUGUAGUAGAUUUAUUGAAAGACCCCCAAGUGAAAGAUCUGGGAUGGGUUUUGGCAGACAGAGAGGUAGUAAUACUGGACUGGCCAAAGAGAGGCUGGAAGGAAGAGUUCAGUUCUAUUGCACAAGAUGAAGCGGAAGCUGAAAAGUUGGCUGGCGGCUGCGUGAGAGCCGAACCCAAAGUUGAUGGAGGAAUUGGAUUCUUUGCCGCAUGCUUUGUGAAGAGCAGUGGAUCUGAUGUAAAGGCUCAAACUAAAAAAGAACCAAUACCUACAAAAGACAUGGUAGGCGCAUCUGAAGAAGCAGAAGAGGCAGAAGAGGAAGAAUGGACCGGAUUUGAGUAG